UCGCGGCUGUAGAGCCCUGCGUUGAGGUGAUCGCAGUCUACAUGCUGGCAGAGAACAGACUCCUGGAUCGCAGGCAAAGGACUGUGGCCCAGCACAGCCAAUGGCAGGAGCCUCGUGUUUGUGUAUUUCCUCCUGCCCCUCGAGUCUGCAGCUGUAGAGCCCUGAGUUGAGGAAUCUCUCCGCAUGGCUUCCCGAGAAGUGACCAUUACUGUUCGCCUCAUUCGUUCUUUUGAGCAUCGCAAUUUCAAACCUAUAGUGUAUCAUGGAGUCAAUUUGGACCAAACUACGAAGGAAUUUAUAGGAUUUCUAAAGCAAGAUAUUCCUUUGAGGACCAGCCUGCCACCACCAUUCAGAAAUUAUAAAUAUGAUAAACUAAAGAUUGUUCACCAAGCACAUAAAUCAAAGACGAAUGAGCUCGUGUUGAGUCUGGAAGAUGACGACAGACUCCUGCUGAAGGAAGACAGCACGCUGCGAGCCGCUGGGAUUGCUCAUGAAACUGAAAUUGCAUUCUUCUGUGAAGAAGAUUAUAAGAACUACAAAGCUAAUCCCAUUUCCUCCUGGUGAAAACCCUUUGGGGGCUUCCUUUUUGCAUACCUGUCGUAAACUCUUUACUAGUGAGGUUUUUGAAAUUGACAAAUAAACUUAAAAAAAUUAA